CUAGAGACUAAAGAAAGGCAUCCCCAGGCAGAGGGAAGUUCUCUGUUAUAGAGGAUCUCAGAGGCUCUGAGGAAUCUAGUCGGGAUUAUUGCAUUUUACUUUUGGAGGAUUUGCUAAUCUGUUCAGAAGAAGGCAAGAUUCUCCUAUGUUCUCCCUUGGAGCUAAAGACUCCACCGUGUCUUUCUAAUUUGAUCAUUUCGGGGAAACUUUAAUCCCUGGGCAGUUUUUAUUUUUCUGAGAUGAGACCAGUCCUGAUGCUGCGCUUCAGAAAGGAUGUUACCAGACCCACCAUGCUGUGGAUUUUUCUCUGUGUGAUCUUCAGUGGGAUUAUCUGGAGUGAAGCCACCCCACACCUCACUUACCACCGACCAAGCCAAAGGGGGAAGAACUGGUGCGCCUAUAUAGUGAACAAGAAUGUGAGCUGCACUGUCAUGGAUGGAACCGAGAGCUUUAUUCAACCUCAGUACAAGUGUGCAUGGAACCAGAUACACUGUCAGCCCAUAAUGAUUUAUAAAGUGAGCUUCAGACCAAGGUAUACAACAUCGUAUAAGGUUGUCACAGAGUUGGAGUAUAGAUGUUGUCCGGGUUUUAAAGGUCAAGAUUGCAAGGAAGGCCCGGAUGAAAAGACUCAGCUGGUUUCUUUACAAACUCCUCAGCCUAGUGGAGGAAAAAAGGAUAUAGGAAUAACUGGACCGCAGAAAAAAACUCAAGAUCAGGAAUUUCAGGAAUUAAAUGAAGCACAGGGGAAAAAAAUUCAGUUUCUUGAAGAUGAAAUGCUUCGCCUCACACAGACAGUGAUCGAUUUACAAACCUCUAUGGCGGGAGUAAAUGAAAAUUUGAAAGUCACUGUUCAAGAGGAUGCAAGUAAGAUUAUAUCAUCAUGGCUUAACAAUCUACAACCUACCGCCAGUGCUACUGGAGGUAAGACAGAAACAAUCUAUUUACCUGGAUUUUCUGAAAGUACUGAAAAAGAUGAUGGAGUGAGAGACAUACUCUCCGAAUUAUCAAAUGCCAAAGAAGAACUGAAAAGCAAAACUGAUAUGAUAGACGAAUUAAACAGAAAAAUUAACACAUACGAGGAACGUUUAAUUGAGCUACAGGAAACUUUGCGUCAGCCUGAGGCAACAAUGUCUAGUGCCAAUGAUAUAGACAAUAAAAUCGAGUCAUUGAGAGAAGAAAUUCUAGAAGGAAUGGAUCGUAAAAUGGCAGAUCUUAAAAAUUCUUGUGAUUAUAAAUUAAUUAACGUUCAGCAGCAGUGUGAGGAUCAUGAGACCAGUUGUUUAGGAGUAAUAGAGCUUCUCAGGGAGAAGGAAACUGCACUUAAGAAUGAAAUAAAUGAACUCAGGUCUCAACUUCAGUUGCAACCCAACAGUCCAGGCUGCUGCAAGAAUAGUGAUUUUGAUAAAAAGUUGAAUCAUUUAGAUGAAAAGAUUGAUAAGGUUGCUGAAGCCAACAAGAUACUUAACAUUAGGUUAGACAAUGAAGUAGCCCGGCUAAACAACGUCAACCCAGACAAUAUGUUUGAAGAAAGAUUAAAUGAGGUAGAAUUUAAGAUAAAUGUGACUGAAAAAAAUGCUGAAGAGCAUUGUUUUUAUAUUGAGGAAACCUUGAGGGGUUUGAUUUCAUCUAAUCAUGAUGAAAUUAAGGAUUUAAUAGAUAGAAAAGUUGCUCCACUAGAAGACAGAUUUGAAAGUGUUUUACUGGAGAUUACCAACACUUCUUCAGCUGACGGAACACAUUUUGGUCAUAAUCUUGCUGAACAACAAGAGGAACUACAUUCCCUCAAAUUUGCGAUUCAGCAGAUUGAGGGUCAACUGCAGUCCCUGUUAGAGGAAAAAGAAGGUGAUCAGGGCACAGAUGACAGACAUGGUAUCAAUUACCAAAUUUUCCUUCAGAGAGAAAAUGACAAUGCAAUACUUCUCAAAUCUUUAAAUGAUACAGUGAAUGAAAAAUUUGAACUAAUCCAAAAUAACAAGCUAGGAAUUGAAACCUUGAAUACAAAUCUUAAUUUUCUAAGAUAUAGUCUAAACAAAAUUGAAGAUGAUGUAAACGUUUUAAAUAAUGAGAUGAUCCUGUUAAAUGACCAGCUGAUAGAAGUAAACUCGACUGCACGAAACACAAAUACUGGUCUUUCUUCAAAAGUAGACGAACUAAGAAGACUCUUUAACCAUACCUCAUACUCUGUCUCCAAUGACAAAUGCUGCAAGAGUCUCCAGGACAAGUUUGAACUACUGAAUGGCAGAGUGACAGCUGACAAAGGGAAGUGCCCAGAUCAUACUCAGGGAAUUCGAACGGAGAUUUCUAAAGUUGAUGCAAGAGUUUCAAAGUUGGAAAACGUUUGUGGAAGGCUGGAUACUAUCUCUGGCAGUUUGCAGAGGAUUAAAGAUGGUCUAAACAAACAUGUUACCAGUCUGUGGAACUGUAUACAUAGCAUAAAUGGGACAAUAAAAUCUCAUACAAAUGACAUUUAUGGCCUCAAGAAUUCCGUCCAGGUGUUCAACAGUCAAGUCAUCAAAAUCACUUCUGAUCUUCAAGAUCUCCUUAAGAGUCAGCCUGGAGCGGGGAAGGAGGUUGAUGAUACCCAACAAAAGGUUAUACCUCCACCACCACCUCCAAGAACACCCCAAAAGCCAGUCAUCCCUCAGGUCCCACAGAAACCUGUUGUACCACAAACCCCUAUAGAGCCUGCGCCACCAAAAGCACCAGAGCAGCCACUUAAACCUCAAGUACCUCAGCAACCAUCCUACCCCAAACCAAGACCUGAACCAUCUCAACCAGUAGCUCCUUUGUUGCCAGGAACAGUCAUCACACUCCCACUUCCUGGUAACAAUGGGAUCAUACUAGAGACUGGUGAAGCUGGACCUCCAGGAAAAAUACUGAAAUCAGAAUCAGGUCGACCUCAAGGGGUGGAUGGACAGCAAGACAUGCCAAUUUCAACUGGGUUCGCUGGUGCACCAGGAUACCCCAAACCUACAGCAGACUCCAAAGAGCUUCCAAACAUACACAUAUUUUCAGAGUCACAAGGAGCCACUUUGUCAACUCCUCUAAUAUCUUUUUCUGCUGGACUGAUUGAACAUCCAAAUACUUAUGAUGUUGGAGUUAUUCAUUUUAACAAGGUCUUGGUUAAUGAUGGGGAACACUAUAAUCCUCUAACAGGUAUUUUUACAGCUCCCAUCGAAGGGCGUUACAUGAUCACGGCGGUCCUCACUUCUGCGCAAAAUAUUCAUGUAGAAGCUGUUUUGUCGGUGUCCAAUGUCAGUGUAGCACAGAUGGACACAUCUGGUUACAGAAAAGAGCUUCUGGAAUAUCACAGAAUCGGCUCUAGGCAAACGUGUGGAGGAGUGGGAACUUUCAAUCUCAUUCUGCACCUGAAGGUUGGCGACGAAGUCAGCAUCGUGCUAACAGGAGGCAAACUUGCCCAAUCAGACUCUGAUGAGAUGUACUCUACUUUUAGUGGCAUCUUUUUAUAUCCAUAUUCUUCUGAGAGCUAACACACUGUUUAACAAAGACAUUCACGAAUGAUGCUAUGCAAUUCAUGUUGGAGCGUUAAUAUAUAUGAUUUACCUAUAUAUAUAUUUCUUUUGUGAACGGGUAUAGGAUUUAAUUUGUACCCGCUAAUAUUCUCACUAUGCUAAAAUGCUUUCAGGUCAUUUUCACCUUUGUUUUUUAUAAUAAUUAUCUUGAGCACUGCUCUUAGUUUAGGAAAAACAUUAUUUUUUAUCACAGAUCUCUUUUGUUAGUAGGCUAUGGAAAUUGAUGUCAUCCUGUGUUUGUAAUCUCAGGAUCCAUACUUUGAUAUUUUUAUGGAUUUUAUUUUUUUGCCAUUAUUUAAUUUUAGGAUUCCAUUUGACUAAUGAUUUCCAAAAAAAACAGCUAUUUAAAAAUGUUUUCUAUAGCUUUGUGAAGUGGUUUUGAAAAAUCCUUUUGUGAAACUUUUUUUUAUAUAAUGAUCCCAGGCAUUGCUGUUAUUUUUGCAAACAGUUAUUAUUUUUACCGAUAAAAAUGAAUAUCCAGAAUUGUAUUUUCCCCUGUUUUUGCUUUUCGUGGGUCCAAAUUGAAUUUUUGGUAUGUGUUUUACAUUUAUCACCUUU